AUGCGAGCAGCAAACCACACCGGACUACCACAGUUCCUCCUUCUGGGUCUCUCAGAGGAUCCGGAAGUGCAAUCCAUACUCUUUGGACUCUUCCUGUCCAUAUACCUGAUCACAGUGCUUGGGAAUCUACUCAUCAUCCUGGCUACAACCAGUGACUCCCACCUCCACUCCCCGAUGUACUUCUUCCUCUGUAACCUGUCCUUUGUUGACAUUGGUUUCAUCUCCUCCACAGUCCCAAAGAUGCUUGUGAACAUCCAGGAAAAUAAGAAAGACAUCUCUUAUAUAGAGUGCCUCACUCAAGCAUUCUCUUUUAUGACAUUUUUUGGAGUGGAUGACUUCCUAUUGACUGUGAUGGCCUAUGACCGCUUUGUGGCCAUCUGUUACCCCCUGCAAUACACACUCAUCAUGAACCCUCAGCUCUGUGGCUGUCUGGUUCUCAUUUCCUGGUUCAUCAUCUUAUGUGUAGACCUGAUCAAUAUUCUCCUGCUAAUGCAACUCAACUUCUCUUCAGGCACUGAAAUCCCUCAUUUCUUUUGUGAAUUGCCUCAUAUUCUCAAGUUGGCCAGAUCUGAUUCCCUAAUCAAUAACAUCUUUCUAAAUGUGGUAACUGUCUUUCUGGGUUUAUUUCCUGUCUUGGGAAUCAUGUUCUCCUACUAUCAGAUUGUAUCUUCUUUAAUGAAGAUGUCCUCCAAUGAAAGCAGAUAUAAAGCAUUUUCCACCUGUGGGUCUCACCUCUGUGUGGUUUUCUUGUUCUAUGGAUCAGGACUUGGGGUGUACCUUAGUUCUGCUGCGACCCAUUCUUCCCAGGGAAGCAUGAAUGCCUCUGUGAUGUACACUGUGGUGACCCCCAUGAUGAACCCCUUCAUCUACAGCCUGAGGAACAAGGAUGUGAAGGGGGCUCUGGGAAGACUUUUCAGCAGAGCAGUCUCCGGUCUUUCACUGAACUGUGUCUUCAGAACGAUGGGAAUAUUAUAG